AUGUAUCAUACUGUAGAUGACCUUGCAUUGUCUCCCUUGGACUCUGGGGCACAGAAUAGGAGGAGUAGCUUUUCCUCUCGUCCUCUGACCCCUUCGGUCUUCCGACCCCGCUCUUCGCCUCCGGCCUCUAACCACGAGAUCGCCGCCGGUCUCCACUACCGCCUCCUCACCCCCGCCUCCUCCCCCAUCUGCUCCGCCUGCGCGAACGAGUCCGACCUCGGGCACGACCAAGUCUGCCGCUUGUGCGAGACUUGGUCAAUCCGCCGACACGACUCGAUCAACCGAGUCUUCCAAUCUUACCUCUCCCGUGUCGCCGGCGCCGUCGUCUCGCUCGAACCAUCUACUCAAGAAGGGCGAAGGAGGAACGACCUCAGGGUUCGAGGAGGAGGAGGAGGUGCGCUUCGGAACGCCGACUAUGACUUGAAGGUCUACGGUCUCGAGGACAAGCACAUGUACGUGGUGGACGGUAGAGGGAAGCCGAGAGAGAUGGAGUGGUUGGACUGGGUGCAGGGACGGAUCGUGGCGUGGUUGAGCAAGAGGGACGCGGAGGUUGUCAGCAAGGCGCCGAGGAUCUGUUCCGCCCCCUUGUUCUUUCGGCGGGAGGGUUGA